GCGCUAGCGGCGGUGAUAAAGUGUCAAAUGCGGGCUUAUUGGCCUCUAAACUUUUUCAUGCAGACAGAAGAAAUCCGAGACCAGUAAACACCGACUGUAUUAGGUUUUUCUUCUCAGUAACAUUGCUUUAUAAGUCUUCUACUUCCGUCUGUCUUUUUGUUGUUCUCUUUUUUGCGACGCCAACGCUAGCCCAGCUAGCACGGCCCAGCUAACCGUAGCUAACUGUUUGUUGUGAUUUUUUUUUUUUUAUCCCGGAGGAAAAAAAAGAAAUAUGACCUCUGCUGGCGGACAGCCUUGGGGUUGGAUGGGAGUGAUGUUACCGCUCAUUUUAGCUGCCUUCUUGCAUCAGAGUUUUGCCACGGUUGCCACGCCGACACCCGCCCAAACCACCGCUGCGCCACACAAAGACCCCGGUCGGCCCGACAGAGGGAAGUACAAUGUGACCAACAGCAACAGCACCGUGUGUUUACUGGCUUACAUGGGCCUCCAGCUCAACAUCACCUACAACUCCACCUCCCAGAACAAGACCGUGCAGGAGGUGGUGAACAUCAAGCCCAACGGGACGCUGGCUUCAGGCUCAUGUGAAGCAGACAGGGCCGUGCUGGAGCUGAAGACCGAUGCAAAUAAAACCGUGCUCACCUUUGUCUUCACUCAGAAUACAACGUCCAGUAUGUACCACCUGAGUGAAGCAUCCCUGAUGACGAGUGUGUUCAAUCUGAAAGAGGGGAACUUCUCUGCUAAGAACAGCAGCCUGGACUUCCUGCAGGGAACCUUUGGAUACUCCUACAUGUGCCGCAUGGAGCAAACUUUGACUGUGACCCAGAAUUUGUCCAUCAACACCUUCCAGGUGCAGCUGCAGCCCUUUGGGGUGUCAAGAAGCGCUUUUGGAGCAGCUGUGGAGUGUCAGCUGGAUGAAGACGACAUGUUGAUCCCCAUCAUAGUGGGAGCAGCUUUGGCGGGGCUCGUCCUCAUCGUGCUCUUAGCCUACCUCAUCGGCAGGAAGCGAAGCCACGCCGGCUACCAAACCAUCUGAGCUCAUGGAGCGGUUACUAGAUGCCAGAGCGGGGCUUUCCCCAUUCUGAAUUUAACCACUCCACCUUUCCCCCCCUCUGUCCCUUCAUCCUUUAUCUAUCUGUAUGUUUACUCUUCUUCUUCGCCUUCAUCAUUAACACUAGACAUGCGUUUUCUGAGCUGACUUCUUUCAUACUAAAGGGACGCCGCUGGGGGAUUGUUAUGUUCUUAAAACUCUUCACUGGUACCCAGCAAAGCAGGGGAUGCAUGUUGAUCAGAGCGUUGCGCUGCAUUCUUCUAUUUAUGAUUUUUGUGAAGGGAAGUGGGAUCCGAGCAGAUUACUUUUCCUUUUCUUGGGUGUCCAUUUUUUUAAAAUUGGUAUUACCCAAAGUUUGGUUUGUUAUUUAAAAAGGGAACAUUUCUGACAGUUACAUUUCAUUAAACGCAAACAUUUCUAGGUCCUGGGAGCGGUUUUGUUUGUUUUUCUGCCCAAUUUGGGGUUUUGUUUGCUAAAAGGGAAAGAUGUUACACUGAAAUAAAUAUUUCAAAGUGGCCAAACACUCCUGUUGGUGUUGAUCGGUGCCUUCCCAGCCGGGACACGGGUGGGAUCCAGUUAAAGCCAAUAUCGCACAGGAACUCCCUCACUCGUUCAGUGUGCUGCCAUGGAAGAGACGCGCGUCUCGCAUAGCCUCCAUGUACUGUUACUACAACUAAAACAGGCAUUGUUACAAGGUAGAAUUAAAUAUUUAUGCAAUUUUUUUUUUUUAGUUUUCCCCUCAUCUUAAUAUACACAUAGUGAUUUAAUAAUAAUGUUUUAUUUUAUUUGUUUGAACUGUUUUUUAAAGGAGAAGUCAAUAAAAGUGAAUGAAAGAAA